AGGAAAGAAGGCUUUAUAGGCGACGGGACGAUGGGAAAGGAGAGGGUGGGCGCGAUUUCUGCGAAUUUUGGAGGUUGCGAGUUUUGGGCGAUUGUCAUUCCGGCGAGGGAGCUCGGGAGAGGCAAGAGCGUGCGCGCGAUUCCGGCGAAGGAGCUCGAGAGGGGCAAGGCGUACGCGCGAUUCCGGCGAAGGAGCUCGAGAGGGGCAAGGCGUGCGCGCGAUUCCGGCGAAGGAGCUCAGGAUAGGCAAUGUUGAUUCCGGUUGUGGAUUGGCAGUAUUGCUGAGGUUCAAGAUCAAAUUCGUGUAUUAUUUUCCUUUGGUUGGAUUGAAGUUGAGUGAAUGUUGAAUCGUUGUGAGCAUGAUCCGACUAUGACCUCUUAGUUGCUAGUGUUCUUGUUUGGGUUUGCAUAUUGAUUGUUGUUGUACAUAACUUGGUUUGUUAGAUUAUUAAUCGAGAUCUUGAGGGCAAA